CUAGUCAAGUCAUUCGUUUUGUUUUGGAAGUCAUAAUUCACUCACUUUGGUUGGUUUGGAUUAUGUGGAGUGGAGUAAAGAAAGAGAUAGCUUAUUAAAUUCUGUCGUCUGAGUUUACAUUUUUACUAUUUUUUUACAAAGGUGUUAAUUUACUACAUAUACUAUAUAAACUUAAUCAAAGAUAGGUUAUCUUUGAUUUUUAAAAACAGUUGUAAGAUUAAAUACAAUGUUUUUAUAUAUUGCUAUUAUUAUCAGUACAGUAGUUGCUCUGGUUUCUUCUGUUUUAUUUUACUCUUUAGAACGCAAGACUGUGUAUAAGAACUUAAAAAAUAAACACGUAGUCAUAACUGGUGGCUCUAGUGGCAUAGGAAAAGGCGCUGCGCUAGAGGCAGUUAGGUUGGGUGCUAAUGUUACUAUCAUAGGACGAGAUGUAGAGAAAUUAAAAUCAACUGUAUCAGAAUUAACAUCACAGUGUUCAAACACACAACAGAAGGUGCAAUAUACCGCUCUAGAUGUCACAUCAGGUUAUCAAAACAUAGAAAAAUGCUUAAUGGGCAUAGAAGAAGCAAUGGGUCCUAUUUUUAUGCUUGUAAAUUGUGCUGGCAUGUGCAUCUGUGGAAAAUUCGAAGAUAUGAAACAUGAAGACAUCAAGCAGAUGGUGGAUCUGAAUUACUUUGGUACUGCUUAUGCUACGAAGUAUGUUUUGUCUGGAAUGAAGAAAAGGAAUGAGGGAUUGAUUAUUUUUGUGGCUUCAGAAGCAGCAUUUAUAGGAAUUUAUGGCUAUGGUGCAUACAGUGCUGCAAAAUGGGCAUUAAGAGGAUUGGCUGAAACAAUUCUUAUGGAGCUUGUUGGAACAAAUGUGGGGCUGAUGCUGUCAUUUCCCCCUGACACAGACACACCUGGCUUCCAAAAUGAAGAGAUUUCUAAACCUAAAGAAACCAAACUUAUUUCAUCAUCUGGUGGUUUGCAUUCUCCGGACGAGAUUGGAAAAAAACUCAUCCAUGAUGCUGUGGCUGGAAAAAUAUACUCUACCUAUGGUAUUUCUGGAAAGCUCCUGUCAUUAUUAUAUGGAGGUUCCCUUGAAAGUGUAUCUCAAAUACUAAUACAAAUAUUUUCUUUGGGCAUGUUAAGAGCUGUCAUGGUAAGCAUUGUGUUAUCAUUUCAUUCAAUUGUCAAAGAUGUGGCAAAAGAAAGAAAAAAGGAGGAAAGUGAAAAAUCCAAAUGAUAAGUUGAGAUUUUUUAAGAUUAUUAUUCAGAUGUCAAAAAAUUCAAAAGCAUUUUAAAUUAUUAUUAAUGAUUUUGUCUAAAUGACAAUUUAGACAAAAUCAAGUAUUUGAAAUAAUUAAAUAGGCAGACAAUAAUCUAAAUAAAUUGAGAUCUACAACAUGAUAAAGUUGUUUUUAUGAAUCUAAAAUUAUUUUACCAAAUAUUAUUUAUUAUUUUUUAUUAAAAUUGUAUUUCAGUAUUGCAUGCCGAAAGAUAAAAUGUAGUGGUACUAUUUUCUAUCUAUAUAAAAUCACUGUGUUACCUAUAUUUGCAAUAAAUAAUUUGAUUUGAUAACAUUGACAAAUUUUACACAAUAAAUUAAUAAUUUAAAAUGCUAUUUAUUUUGAACUAAGAGAAUUAGUAAUAAUUGUGACCAAAGGAGUAUAUAAAGUACAUGAUAUUUUUGUAAUCAGUGUAUGCAAGCAAUUGUAUGUUUCAAUUGCAUUUUUUAUGCUAAGUUGAAUUGCACAGUAUUUAUGCUUGAAUGCUUUUGUUAUACUUGCACAUGCAUAGUUAAGUAAUACUAUUUAUUUAGAACACUUUAAAAUCUGUAUUGUAAAUCAAUUCAGAUUGUAUUUAUAUUUUUAUGAUGUAAUGUUUCAAGCAUAUGGAAAUAUAUAUGAAUUUAUGAAUAA